AUGCACUUUCGACUUUAUUUUACGUACGGCUACAAGCCUCGUAUAAUGUUAUCUUGCUAACGUAACGUUUGAUAGCUAUUUAGCUAGCUAACUAUAUUAGAAGGGUGUGUCUUGAUUGAUGUGAAAUUAAGGUUAUGUAAUUAAUGAGAUGUGCUGCCCAGUUUUAGCUUGUUCUACUUGGCAUUAGCUUGCUUAGCUGUACGGGACUGAUCGGUGUGUUUUGGGAGCAAUCAGUAACGUUAAACGAUGGUAUUUUCCAUUAUUACCCGAUGAGCAUACUAAAUACAGUAACUAACUAACAAUUUGCAUAGUUUACAAAGUGGUAACCUAGCGUAGAAAGACGACAAACUGGUGACAAGUCAAUAUCUCAGCGACUGUUGCCACUUCCAAAAUGACCUGCAGUUCUAGCGGCAGCUAGAUUAUAGUCGCUAGCUUGCUAAAUAUAGCUAGUUUGCAAGUCUGAAACGAUUUGAUGAAUUUUCCACGGUUGAAGGGAAGUAUUUACGGAGUUGACAAGUAGAAAAAGAUGGAAACCACAGAUUGAUCAUAAGUAUUGUUCUCUUCGUAUAGGUAGCUAGCUAGAUGCCUUUCCUACACAACUGACAGCAGGUGCCAUAGAACCACUAGGCUAGCUAGCACGAAGAGGACGUGAAUGAGCUAAAUUAGCGCGCUAGCUUGAUGUGAGGCCUUCUUUCGCAGUGGAGUUGCCUUCGUCACAGAAACUAUCUUUAGCUUGUCACUUUAUGCUCACUUAUUAGCUAGCUACCUAAUUACAGACGUUAGUGUCUAGUUUGUCUAUGUCACUGUUAUCUAGCUAACGACUCAACUCUCUGGAGAGAAAUUGAGAAUAAGAGGUUAGGCCAGUAACGUUAGCUUGAUAACAAGCAACAUUUCGUAAAAAUUCGUCAAGUAAACAUUCGCCCAGGCAUUCAUUCUCUUUUCCUUGUCAAAUGGCUACCAAAAGGGUUCAAUGCAAUGGUUCAAUCACUAUGUUGUCAUUUGCAGCUACAUUAUAUAUUUAUUUAUUUAUAGCUAGCUAGUAUCUUUAGCUAUAUUGCUUGAAGGAUGACUAUAUUGUAAACAAAGACAGUUGCUACUCUCAGUUGUUGGCAACUUGUCAGGUGAAACAUAAUGUGACAAUAUAAUAUUUGGUAACUGUUUGGUCAUAACAGAGUGGGAUUUAGUGACUAGUCAUUGUAGUGUAAUGUUCUGUUUAUCUGUGGCUUUUCAGUUUGUCAGUUAAACAAAGUAGAUUGGAUAGAUGGAUGCAUCACCAAUGAUACAUAUUUAUUUUUACUGUCAGAUUGAAAUUUGGUUUCCCAAUUAAAACUAGCCACACUUGCUACCCAACUCCAAUCAAAUCCCCCUCUUUUUUUCUCGAUGUUUACAUGACUGAGAUGGAAGUAGAAUUUAUUCAGUACUCUAUAUUUCAUAAUUUGUGGAUUCAUGUAGUGGAAUCAAGUAAAGGGGCUUCCAUUUAAUUGAUUGACCGGUGUUGUUGCUGUAAGUAGACAAUGAUUGAACAUGUGCAUAUUCUUUCACUCUUUGCACAGGUGAAGGAACACACACACAUUCAUACAUUUAGCCUAUUCUACUCGUGUAAGUUAGCCUAGUUUAUUCUACUACUACUACUGUAAGAAGCUUAUUGGGUAAGUUAAGUUGGUUAAUGUUGUUUUACUUUAUUUUUCUUUACAUCUAAUGCUUUUUCAUGAUUAACAUGGAUAUUAUAGGUAAGCCCUGUCGCUUCCCCUCUCUAUUUCAAUGCAUCUCCUUUACUCUAUGAUGUGAAUCAGUUUCCCAGGCUAUGUGGAUUAGGAGAGGCAUUUUGGCAGUCAUUAAUCAGUUUAAGUGCAUUUCCUGAGGAAAGCAUAGCUGCCUGCCGAUAUUGCUGAUAUUACCUGCUCUCCACCAGUAUCCACAACAUCACAGGUCCCAAGGGGAGGAGAGGGAGGAAAGCUGGGCCUCAGGGUUAUACAGAAACCUCCAUGUAUGCUAUCCUAUUCAAAGGCUGACAAAUCAUGAUACCAGUGAAAACUGAUAUGAUGAUGAGGUUUAGAAAAGCUUAGGUUACACCUAAGGGCUAAUUCAGUGUGUGUUUGCAUGUCUUUCAGAUAUCCAACUAAACCGAACAGGACUCUACUGCAGUACCUCAUCAUUGUUGACACUGGCUCCACCAUUGCCUCUUCUGCCGUGGCACUGGAACAUGAAGAAUGUCUGCUGUAUUACCAAAGACUGACCAGAAGGAAGCAAUGAGGGGCUUUGGGGGAAGUUGCCAAGCUGCGUUGUGGAUCCAGUAGCUGGGAUUCCGAGUGCUUGUUGUGUAUGAGUGUGUGUUUGUGUGUGCGUGGGUGCAUGCUAGCACAACCUGCCCCCUUCAGGCAGGGACAUGCUACUCUGAUACUUGAGUUGGAGAAACUGAGAAGAAAGGAGUCGACCUCCAUAAACGAGGAGAAGGAAGAAGAGGAGAGCGCACGCAGUACAACAUUGCCAGAUAGAAAUACUGGGUGUUUUGGCUGCAGUUUAACCCAGUGGAAGUGGCUUUUAAUACACUGCACAUUUCUAUACAACACCUUUACUCUGUAUUUGUAUCGCCUCCCUCCCCUCUAAGAGUCCUUGUUGUUUUGGUGCCUCUGUGAUUUGCAUGGCCGGGGAGUAAUCGUGGAGAGGCCAGGGUAUCACAAGCUUAUGGAUUUUGACAAGAAGGUGGGUAAGGGAGAGACGGAGGAAGGGAAAAAUAUGUCUAAGGCGGCUGGCAGCAGGACUGUCCGGGGUACAGGGACCAACUCUGGGGUUCUUAUGGUUGGCCCAAACUUCCGAGUCGGAAAGAAAAUUGGCUGUGGCAAUUUUGGAGAGCUGCGGCUGGGGAAGAACCUCUACACCAACGAAUAUGUGGCCAUCAAAUUGGUAAGGCCAACAUGCUUGUCUAAACAGCAUGACUGUGAUGUGUUUCUGUUUGGAUGCACUCCUACAUUAAUCAUCCUCACCACUAUAAAAAAAGAAAAAAAAGAAAUUAUACUGUAGGUGGAUAUUUUGCCACCCCCUCCCAUCUAACAUUUCUCAUCACUACUUCACUACAACAACUAGUGCAGCUUGCCAAUGGUUUGCUGCUUUGUGACAGAUGUUUUAGUGUUACUAGAUUUGUGUUACUGUAGUUUGGCCAAGGCAAUUGAAUCCAGUUUCCUAAUAGCAGCAGAACACCCCACCCCUGAUGACUUGGUGACCUUUAAAGAGACAGGAAACAUUUAAGUCCUGACAUAAGUCUCUCCCUUAUCUGUAGCUUGGCCCCAUGCACUGUUAAUGAGUCAACCAUGCUCAGUUGGUAUUAUAUUAAAGAGAAGGAAGAAGAAUCAACUUCCCAAGAUGUACUGUACACGUCAGAGAAACUGCCACUAGAACGCCUUCAGGGAACUAACAGAGUUGUUGCACAAUAUCACUAUGAGAACAAGUCGACUACAGUACCAUCUCAAGGUGAUGUGUGCACAAACACACAGCAGAGCUCUUGCCUUUUUAGCUCAAAGGUGAAAUAGAAACUCAGAGGUUGCAAGUCAAGUUUUGAGUUCUGCAGCACGCAGAGAGUGGGUCUGGGAAACCACAUGAAAUGGCAAGGCUUGUUUAUUUUCAGAUUGGUGAAGGGAGGCCCAGACAGAAGCUGAGCUUCCUCUGCAACAUACUUUAGUUUCUGUUUUCUUCCUCCAGUCAUGUGUCAGUCCUGUACAGAGGAUCAGUGUAAGCUUGAAUGUCACCAUAAACACUGGUAUCUGUAUGUUUUAUUGGGGUCAUUUAAAGUUGCCAAUUAGAAAUCUCCUGGAAAAAGGCCUUGGUGUAACUCUGCACCCUGCGAGAGAGAGGUUGUCAUAGAUAGUGUCUGACAUAGAUAGCGUCUGAACGCUGCAUUCAAGUGUGGGUUUGACAUCACUACCUACACCGCCACACUGGACCAUGUAUGAUUAUCUUUACAGUGGAUUUCCCGGGGAGGUCAUGAUCUCUGACUAGGCACCCCUCUGACUGGGGGGGGGGGGGGGGGGGGGGGGGGGGUUGGGAUCGAUAGUUACAUAUCGGGAUAUUAUUUGACGAUGCAUCGUUUUGACUGUCGCAAUAUUUUUGCACUAGUUGGCUGUACCUGUACCAAAACUCCAGUGUUUUUCCUUCAUAGCUUGUUCUCAUCUUCUUUUUAAAUAGGGAGCCAAUUUGCUUUCAGCACUUUUAUUUCCAUGACUGAUCAAAACUUGUUUUCUCAUGGCUCUCUCUUGUCCCUCUACAGCAGACAUAUGGUAAGCAAUAGGUUUGGAACAGAAUCUCAAUAAAAUCACACUAUCGAAUCGCAAUACAUAUCGUAUCGGCACCAAGGUAUUGUGAUAAUAUCGUAACGUGAGGUCCCUGGCAAUUCCCAGCCCUAGUUUUCGUGAUAUCUUUUCUAACUUUAUUAUUGCGCAGAGCUCUAACAUUACAGCACAGCGGACCGCUCUCUGCGACAUCGUGUUGGCCAAAUGUUACAAAGUAGCGAGGCACAGUGCCAGCAGUCAGUCAGAUACAUGCUGAUAUCUGAGAACAGUCCCAUAACUUUGGUGCCGUACAACUUAAUCAACAAGCUGGUAACUAGCUACAAUAUGGCCAUUCAAACAAGCUUGCACUAGGCUGCUAGCUGUUGCAAGUUUGCUCAGCUGAACAAGCAUGGUUUGCCGUAGUAGCUAAUGCGUCAUUGCUUUCGAGAGUGGAGUGAUUUUCAGAAUUAGGAACUUGUGUUAGGCGGAUGAGCAAAAUCUACAUUUUUAGAGAUGUUCCACGUCCUACAAGACAGAUUGGUUGAGGGAUGAUUUUUGCAUAGGAGUGACGCCAUCUGACGUGAGACAAUGCCUCUAACCCUGGCAAUUUGACUGGUAAACUCGUGGGUACACUCGCAAUGGCUGCCUGGUAUUGUGAUGCAAUAAUUUCCAUGGUAAUGUAGAAUGUUCAUUCAUAUGAUAUCUGAUGUGGGUCAUACAAUGGAAUGUAUUUUUUGUAAUGUCAGUUGAGGUGAAUCAACAAAUCAAAGCACAGAUUGAAGGGUACGCUUCCUGCUUUUACUUCCCACUUUGCUCCUAGGCCAAAAAAUAUACAGUGAGGGAAAAAAGUAUUUGAUCCCCUGCUGAUUUUGUAUGUUUGCCCACUGACAAAGACAUGAUCAGUCUAUAAUUUUAAUGGUAGGUUUAUUUGAACAGUGAGAGACAGAAUAACAACAAAAAAAUCCAGAAAAACGCAUGUCAAAAAUGUUAUAAAUUGAAUUGCAUUUUAAUGAGGGAAAUAAGUAUUUGACCCCUCUGCAAAACAUGACUUAGUACUUGGUGGCAAAACCCUUGUUGGCAAUCACAUAGGUCAGAUAUUUCUUGUAGUUGGCCACAAGGUUUGCACACAUCUCAGGAGGGAUUUUGUCCCACUCCUCUUUGCAGAUCUUCUCCAAGUCAUUAAGGUUUCGAGGCUGACGUUUGGCAACUCAAACCUUCAGCUCCCUCCACAGAUUUUCUAUGGGAUUAAGGUCUGGAGACUGGCUAGGCCACUCCAGGACCUUAAUGUGCUUCUUCUUGAGCCACUCCUUUGUUGCCUUGGGUGUGUGUUUUGGGUCGUUGUCAUGCUGUAAUACACAUCCACGACCCAUUUUCAAUGCCCUGGCUGAGGGAAGGAGGUUCUCACCCAAGAAUUGACGCAACAUGGCCCCGUCCAUCGUCCCUUUUAUGUGGUGAAGUUGUCCUGUCCCCUUAGCAGAAAAACACCCACAAAGCAUAGUGUUUCCACCUCCAUGUUUGACGGUGGUGAUGGUGUUCUUCGGGUCAUAGGCAGCAUUCCUCCUCCUCCAAACACGGCGAGUUGAGUUGAUGCCAAAGAGCUCGAUUUUGGUCUCCUCUGACCACAACACUUUCACCCAUUCAGAUGUUCAUUGGCAAACUUCAGAGCAGGGGGACCUUGCGGGCGCUGCAGGAUUUCAGUCCUUCACAGCGUAGGGUGUUACCAAUUGUUUUCUUGGUGACUAUGGUCCCAGCUGCCUUGAGAUCAUUGACAAGAUCCUCCCGUGUAGUUCUGGGCUGAUUCCUCACCGUUCUCAUGAUCAUUGCAACUCCACGAGGUGAGAUAUUGCAUUUGCAAAUAAUCGCACCAACUGUUGUCACCUUCUCACCAAGCUGCUUGGCGAUGGUCUUGUAGCCCAUUCCAGCCUUGUGUAGGUCUACAAUCUUGUCCCUGACAUCCUUGGAGAGCUCUUUGGUCUUGGCCAUGGUGGAGAGUUUGGAAUCUGAUUGAUUGCUUCUGUGGACAGGUGUCUUUUUAUACAGGUAACAAACUGAGAUUAGGAGCACUCCCUUUAAGAGUGUGCUCCUAAUCUCAGCUCAGUUUUUUAUGUUGUUAUUCUGUCUCUCACUGUUCAAAUAAACCUACCAUUAAAAUUAUAGACUGAUCAUUUCUUUGUCAGUGGGCAAACGUACAAAAUCAGCAGGGGAUCAAAUACUUUUCCCCCUCACUUUACAGGUUAAGACAACGUUGUCACAAAUCUGGGACCAGCACAGUUGCUAACUAGCAUAGCUGGUCCCAUUGUUGCGAAGAGUUAUGGGAUAUUAGAAUCCCUUGUCUUAACCUUUGUCAUCUUCAACCUAGCUUUGCUCCUAUGGGUAAACUCGCAAUGGCCGCCAGUCCACCCAUUAUGCCAUCAUGGACUUGAAUGGGGACACCCGUUCUUUUCAUUCUAUUUCUAUGGCAGCACAUGCAUUCAGGAGCGGAGUAAAGGAGAAAAUGUGUGUUAAAAUAUUUUUUAAACUAUUCGAGCGUUUGGUUAAGGAGACUAUGGUCAUUUGGCUGGCCAAUUGCAGUCAUCCAAAAUUCCAUGCCCGUCACAGCGUUGCACCGGUGUGAUUUAGGACUUCUAACCCCUUUUUAAGCAUUACGUGAGCCGCAGACUUUUGGGUUGUACCAUUGGAUUCAUCUAUUUCUUCUGCGUCGAUUAACGGGGGCUGAGCUAGAACUGUGUUUGUGAGACAAGGGCGGAUCCCGAAGGCGCCAGGGGGCCGGGUCUUUUUUACACAAAUGCCUGUAUAGUCAGAAUGGUUUGAGGUGCAAACUAUUAAAAGCUACACUACAUGGCCAAAAGUAUGUGGUCACCCCUUAAAAUGAGUGGAUUCUGCUAUUUCAGCCACACCUGUUGCUGACAGGUGUAUAAAAUCGAGCACACCGCCAUGCAAUCUCCAUAGACUCCAUAGAUAAAUAGCCUUGGUUUCUCAAAUGACUGCCUCGCCUGGUUCACCAACUACUUCUCAGAUAGAGUUCAGUGUGUCAAAUCGGAGGGCCUGUUGUCUGGACCUAUGGCAGUCUCUAUGGGGGUGCCACAGGGUUCAAUUCUUGGGCCGACACUUUUCUCCGUGUAUAUCAAUGAUGUCGCUCUUGCUGCUGGUGACUCUCAGAUCCACCUCUACGCAGACGACACCAUUUUGUAUACAUCUGGCCCUUCAUUGGACACUGUGUUAACAAACCUCCAAACGAGCUUCAAUGCCAUACAACACUCCUUCAGUAGCCUCCAACUGCUCUUAAACACUAGUAAAACUAAAUGCAUGCUUUUCAAUCGAACGCUGCUGGCACCCGCCCACCCGACUAGAAUCACCACUCUUGACGGGUCUGACCUAGAGUAUGUGGACAACUACAAAUACCUAGGUGUCUGGUUAGACUGUAAACUCUCCUUCCAGACUCACAUAAAGAAUCUCCAAUCCAAAGUUAAAUCUAGAAUCGGCUUCCUAUUUCGCAACAAAGCCUCCUUCACUCAUGCUGCCAAACAUGCCCUCGUAAAACUGACUAUCCUACCGAUCCUUGACUUCGGCGAUGUCAUUUACAAAAUAGCCUCCAACACUCUACUCAGCAAAUUGGAUGUAGUCUAUCACAGUGCCAUCUGUUUUGUCUCCAAAGCCCCAUACGCUACCCACCACUGUGACCUGUACGCUCUUGUUGGCUGGUCCUCACUACAUGUUCGUCGUCAAACCCACUGGCUCCAGGCCAUCUAUAAAUCACUGCUAGGCAAAUCCCCGCCUUAUCUUAGCUCAUUGGUCACCAUAGCAGCACCCACCCGUAGUCUGCGCUCCAGCAGGUAUAUCUCACUGGUCAUUCCCAAAGCCAACACCUCCUUUGGCCGCUAUUCCUUCCAGUUCUCUGCUGCCAAUGACUGGAACGAAUUGCAAAAAUCUCUGAAGCUGGAGACUCUUAUCUCCCUCACUAACUUUAAGCAUCAGUUGUCAGAGCACCUUACCGAUCACUGCACCUGUACACAGCCCAUCUGAAAUUAGCCCACCCAACUACCUCAUCCCUAUAUUGUUAUUUAUUUUGCUCUUUUGCACCCCAGUAUCUCUAUUUGCACAUCAUCUCUUGCACAUCUAGCAUUCCAGUGUUAAUACUAUUGUAAUUAUUUUGCACUAUAGCCUAUUUAUUGCCUUACCUCCAUAACUUGCUACAUUUGCACACACUGUAUAUAUAUUUUCUGUGGUAUUUUUGACUUUAUGUUUUUUACCCCAUAUGUAACUCUGUGUUGUUUUUAUCGCACUGCUUUGCUUUAUCUUGGCCAGGUCGCAGUUGUAAAUGAGAACUUGUUCUCAACUGGCUUACCUGGUUAAAUAAAGGUUAAAUAUAUAUAUUUUUUAAAUAGACAAACAUUGGCAGUAGAAUGGCCAGUACUGAAGAGCUCAGUGACUUUCAACGUGGCACCAUCAUAGGAUGCCACCUUCCCAAAAAGUCAGUUUGUCAAAUUUCUGCCCUGCUAGAGCUGCCCCGGUCAACUGUAAGUGCUGUUAUUGUGAAGUGGAAAUGUCUAGAAGCAACAAGGCCGCGUAGUGGUAGGCCACACAAGCUCACAGAACGGGACUGCUGGGUGGUGUAGCGCGUAAAACUCAGUACGGAGUUCCAAACUGCCUCUGGAAGCAACGUCUGCAUAAGAACUGUUUGUCAGGAGCUUCAUGAAAUGGGUCUCCAUGGCCGAGCAGCCGCACACAAGCCUAAGAUCACCAUGCGCAAUGCCAAACAUCGGCUGGAGUGCUGUAAAGCUCGCCGCCAUUGGACUCUGGAGCAGUGGAAACUAGUGAUGAAUCACGCUUCACCAUCUGGCAGUCCGAUGGACGAAUCUGGGUUUGGCGGAUGCCAGGUGAAUGCUACCUAACCCAAUGUAUAUUGCCAACUGUAAAGUUUGGUGGACGAGGAAUAAUGGUCUGGGGCUGUUUUUUAUGGUUAGAGUGAAGGGAAAUCUUAAUGCUACAGCAUACAAUGACAUUCUAGACGAUUCUGUGCUUCCAACUUUGUGGCAACAGUUUGGUGAAGGCCCUCUCCUGUUUCAGUAUGACAAUGCCCCUGUGCACAAAGCGAGGUCCAUACAGAAAUGGUUUGUCGAGAUCGGUGUGGAAGAGCUUGACUGGCCUGCACAGAGCCCUGACCUCAACCCCAUCGAACACCUUUGGGAUUAAUUGGAACGCCGACUGCGAGCCAGGCCUAAUCGCCCAACAUCAGUGCCUGACCUCACUAAUGCUCUUGUGGCUGAGUGGAAGCAAGUCCCCGCAGCAAUGUUCCAACAUCUAGUGGAAAGCUUUACCAGAAGAGUGAAGGCUGUUAUAGCAGCAAAGGGGGGACCAACUCCAUAUUAAUACCCAUGAUUUUGGAAGGAUGUGUUCGACGAGCAAGUGUCCACAUACUUUUGACCAUGUAGUGUAUCUUUGAAAAGCUGAGACUCUCAAGAACGCGUGUAACAUGUUUUGCUUUAUGACACUCACAAGCUACACAAGAGUCCUUAGAAGGUAAGGGGUUGUUCUACAUAGAAUACCAUAGGGAAUCCCAGGACAUAGUGUCUAUAGUACUGUAAUAAGCUCACAUAGUUGCUGUCACAAACUCCAAACUCCACACAGUUGUCACUGACUAGUUGGAUAUUCCGUUUUUUUCAGGUUUUUGCUUUGGCGGACCUUAUUUUUUUAAAUUGACAUUUGUCAAUAAAAUUCAUGAAUGCAACUGUUUAUUUCAAAUUGUUUCUACUAGUAGCCCUGGUCCUGAAAAUAAAAUGGGAAAACACUUAAUUGUGAGGCUAAAUAGAAAGGCUGGACAUGCAGAUAAAUGAAAAUCAGAUAAAUGUAAAGCUAAUUUUUGCUUGGGUCUUUUGACUGAUAGGGUUAACACUGCCAGCAAGAUGUUGUUUUCUCCAUCGAAAUGUAGGCUUUUAUGUGCUGCUGGUUUGACUUGUGUCCUCUCCUCUGAGGCCCUGACCUCAGUUUGGGUAUGAGUGGCAGGUGCUGCUUUAGCUCUGCUUUAGCUCCCUGGUCACUCACCCAUGCAGGCCCUGGAUACCCAGUGAAUGUUACAGCCCAGUCUAAUAUGGUUUCUGUGUUGCCAGGAUUAAUUAGCCUCUGUUCAUUAUGGACUGACAAGUGUCUUGUGUAUUUUCUCUGCCUCGUACGGCAUUGCACGAGCAGCGUGCGUGCUAUUGGGCGAUGCCAGCACCUGGGACAAAGGUGAAUGCCAGUGUCACCCUUCCCAGACGUGUGAGAACAGAAAGAGACGUAUUAGUCACAGCCCUCUGUCAGAGUAUCUGGAACUGCACUGCACGUUCAUGGACAGAAGGAAAAAAAGCAGAGCGAGGAACUGCUGAGCGCUGAAAGGUCGUCUUUGUUAGCCAGCCUUGUCCACACACAGUGGUCUAGUCUUUGGUUCAGCUGUGCACUCUCUCACACUGACAAACCCCUCAGUGAUGGAAGCAGGAGGCCGCUCCUGUAAGUACACUGCAGGCUUACACUCUUGGGGGGGGGAUCCCGAGCCUUAAAGAGAAACAUCCUAACAGCUUUACGGUAAUGGCAGCUCAUCAUUCACAUUUAAGCAAUUUAUUUGAAAUACAUCCAUAACAUUUUACCUCUGCUCUCCUGUCGUGACUUGUGAUUUUUAUGGAUUAUCUAUUAUGUUGUUUGACAUCCAUUGGCCUUUUUCUGAUCCCAUUUGUAUUAGGCUACUACUCAUUUAUCUUUUACUGCCCCAGGGAGGUUCUCUUUUCCACUCUCCACUAUCUCCCCCCAGUUAAUGUUUCCCUCUCUCCUGGUUGGUACCUUCCUUGCUGUUUGAGUGGACUAGGGACCUGACAAUCAAGGUCAUCAAUGCCCUGGUGCCCCCUCAAUAAAUCUGCCAUGGAUGUAGAGAUAAGGGAUCCCUGCUCCCCGUCACGCACACACACUCAUGCUUAGGGCGAGGACAGUAAAUUGAAAUCGGCCUCCAUCCUUCUAUAAGGAAGAGGAGGCGGGGGGUAGUCAGUCUUGUCUCUCAUUUCUCCUCGUCAUGUACAGUCAUUUCUUGACAGCUGGAUAUACGGUGGAUGGGGGUUGUUAAACAUGCCACCUAUUAGGCUUAUACAGCAUUGUGUUCUACUACACGGCAUUGUGUUCUACUACACGGCAUUGUGUUCUACUACACGGCAUUGUGUUCUACUACACGGCAUUGUGUUCUACUACACGGCAUUGUGUUCUACUACUAGUUGGCUGGACCUGCUGUUGACUGAUGGACAGCUUCUGCUUUGACUGGCAAUAACUAGGGAUGUAAUCAUUCACUGAUACGCAUCGGUCCCCGGUUCGAAUGUUUAAGACAUCGGUCUGUGGGACCCCAAACCGAUCCAAAUGUAGCCUGCAUUGGUCAGGUAAUCAAUUUAAACUUUACGAAUCGACGGUUCACUAAAUUUUUUUACUCAAAUUACUUUCUCUCUACCUUCCGAAAAUACCUAAUAUUUUGUGACAACUGCGUCCUCUCCUUCAGUGUCGAACUAAGCAUGUAAUUGUGUUGACAGUCAUUGAUCUACAAGUCAUUUAGCCUAGUCAAAACUGCACACUGACCAACGAGAGGUAGGCCUAUUGCUGAUCUUCCACAUCUGCCCGUCACCUUCAGCAUUCAAAUGCGAAAUAAUAGGCUUUAUUAGUUGAGUGACCACCAAUGUAAUUUGCUAGGUUAUUUUGAUCGAAUGCGCUGUUGAAAAUUGUUUUAAUGGGAUAAAAGUAGCCUAAGCUACCGCGGGAGACAACUCUCAUCUGGCUAUAGUGAUCCCGUGUAGCUCAGUUGGUAGAGCAUGGCGCUUGCAACGCCAGGGUUGUGGGUUCGAUUCCCAGGGGGUGCCAGUAUGAAAAUGUAUGCACUCACUAACUGUAAGUCGCUCUGGAUAAGAGCGUCUGCUAAAUGACAAAUGUAAAUGUAUACAUGCUGAUCAUGGUUUACAUUCAAUUUUAUUUCUUUAUUUUAUUUUGAUUGUUCAGGUUCACCGUCAGCAAUAGUUUUGGUACUUUUGCUUAACUUUACAGGGUAAAGUUGAUAAUUUCAUAACGAGGACAGCGGGAGAAGAAGAGAAGCUCACUCCCAAGUCAGUCAACUUCCAAACAGUCUAAACCAUUCAAUUAUGAGAUUGGGUGAAAUCCAAAGAUGUGCUAUAUAUUCAAGUUCCACGUUUUAUUGUCACGUGCACUAGUACAGUGAAAUUCAUUUUUUGCGAGCUCUUUCCAAACAUUGCAGUAAUCAAUGCAGUAUGUCAUAGCUAAUUAAAAAAUAUGAAUAUUGAUACAUUACUACCACUUUUUUUAAUCUGUUAAAAUGACAAACUCAUUAGUGAUGGUGAUUUCAGAAAAUGUUCCCUUAUGGCUCAGCUCAGGUGCCUACAUACAGUGAGCUCCACAUGUAUUGGGGCAGUGACAUCUUUUGUUUUGGCUCCUACUCCAGCUCUUUGGAUUUGAAAUGAUACCAUUACUAUGAGGUUAAAGUGCAGACUGUCUGCUUUAGUUUGAGGUUAUUUUCAUCCAUUUCAGGUGAACAGUUUAGAAAUUACAGCACUUUUUGUACAUAGUCCCCCCAUUUUAGGGAACCAAAAGUAUUGGGACAAAUUCACUUGUCCCAAGUAGUAAAAAAAGUGUCCUAUAUUCCUAGCAUGCAAUGAUUACAUCAAGCUUGUGACUACACAUUUGUUGAAUGCAUUUGCUGUUUGUUUUGGUUGUGUUUCAGAUAAUUUUGUGCCGAAUAGAAAUGAAUGGUAAAUAAUGUAUCCAACAAAUGUGUAGAGUCACAAGCUUGAUGUAGUCAUUGCGUGCUAUGAAUAUGGGACCAGAAAUACCAAAUUAAUGUUUAUGCAACAAAUGUUAGUGCAUCGAACCGAAUCGCACCGAAUCGUUCCUCUAAUCUAACCGAAUCGCACCGAAUCGUUUCAAACUAAAGCGUAUCAUUCCUGUAUCGGAGCCCAUGUAUCGAAUCGUCUUCAAAGGGAAAGAUGCACAUCCUUAGCAAUAACUCACGGCUGUUGAAGGCGAGUGAUACAGAUGUUGGAUCUUAAUUUGAUCACCCUGUUGCAGGAUAACUUUUCUUCAAUGCAGGAAAUUUGAGGUUUAAAAAGGCUUCUGAAGUUUUGUAAUUUCCACUUUGAAAUUUGACUUGAUUUUCCCUAAUGAAAAAUGUAUCAACCCCUACAAAAAUGUCAAUUUAUUAUCCACAUAAUUCACAUUUCCUGUUGCAGGAUUAUGUCCCUGCAGGAGCAAACUGGCUCAAAUUUAAGAUCCUACAUCUGUAAGUGAAAUACACUUCCAUGGAGACUCUUUAUAAGUCCCCACUGCCGAAUGACUGAUAUUGGAAUGACCUUGUAGUGCUCAUUACUACUUAGUGGAUAUGAUAUGUAGCUAUGUGAAAACGGAAGAGACAGAAUUGUGGUCAACCAUAACAUGGAAACCAGAGUUGCAGUAACUUAUUCCACAUUUGACUGUAUCACUCCCUUUGCAGCUUGUGGAGGUGGUUGAAGUGUGUUAAAGUACAAAUGCUCGAUCAGCAUGCUAACCGAGUAACCCUGUGAUGUCAAAAGCAUGUAAAAAGGCAGCUUUUAGUGAACAGGCUACUGGCUUAAUUAAUCAAUGCCCAUUUUGUACAUAAAAAAAACAAAACAUUUUAGUCAUUUAGCAGACGCUCUUAUCCAGAGCGACUUUCAGUUAGUGAGUGCAUACAUUUUUCAAGCUGUUGCUCUAGAAAGUAUUUAUUAUGAGCUAUAAAACCCAGUGCUGUGAUGUGGGGGGAGAGAGUAGUAGUAGUAGUUGUAGUCGUAGUCCAUCUCGUGUCAGAGUGGAGCUGCCUGAGUCACUGCUACCAGUGUUCUGUGUCUCGGCAGCUGUCACAGAAAUGUUUGAAGUGCUGCUAUCACGCGGGGGCAGCUGCUGGCUCCAUCUGGGGCCUGAAACCUCAUCUGAAACAGGAGAAGGGCUGGACACAGGCCAGCUGUUGCUCUCUUGCCUGUUCCACACCUCUGGCCAUAAAGGCUGAUGGACCCACCCCUCGCACCCUGUUUACUAUUUUAGCAUCACUCAUGUCCUUAUGCAGGUUUGGCCACAGUGACGAUAGCUGGGCUUAUGAGCCGUUUGAAUGUUCACUCUGCUCUCCCAUUUGUAUGGUUUAAUAUUUAACUGUAGGUUAUAAUCAGGGAUGCCCGUUUCUCUGAACUCCGCACCACUUACAGUGCCAGCACAGGGAUUUUUCUGCCAUUGAAAUCCUUUUUUCUGACUAACACUAACUAAACCCCUUUAACGUUACAGCAAGUCUCUGCCGGCAGGCAGCAGCUAG